GUUCUAUGUCUCGUGUAGCCCAUGGCGGGAGGCGUCAACUGGAAAGACGGCUGACAGUUUAUUGAUCCAAAAAAAAAAAACAGAUCCUCAUCAUGUACUACAUAUCGUACGGAACGUCCUUCAUCAAGUCAAACACUUCCUUUAGACUGCCGUGGGGCCUGCAGAUGAUCCCCGCGGUGGUGCUGCUCGUUUGCGUCCCGUUUAUGCCGCGUUCCCCCCGCUGGCUGGCCAGCAAAGACCGAUGGGAAGAGGCCUUGGAUGUCCUUGCUUCGCUGCGGGCGAACGAAGACACGACCAAUGCUGAAGUUGUAACGGAGAUACAGGAGAUUCGGGAGCGUGUGCAACAAGAGAUUCAGUACGGAUCGACUUCCUGGGCCGAGGUGUUUUCCAAGCGAAACAUUGUCCGAGUCCACGUCGCCAUCUUUGCGCACAUUUGGGCCCAGUACAGCGGGACCAACGCCCUCAUGUACUACAUCGUUUACAUCUUCCAGAUGGCGGGCCUGUCCGGGACGACCAACCUGACCAUCGCCAGCAUUCAGUACAUCAUCAAUGUCAUUAUGACCGUGCCGGCGCUGCUGUUCGUCGACAAGCUGCCCCGUCGCCGUGUCAUGAUGACGGGAAGCUUGCUCAUGGCCGUGUGGCUGUUCGCGACGGGGGCCAUCAUGGCGACGCAGGGCCACGCCGUCCCCGGCGGCCUCAAGGACAGCCCGACGAUUACAUGGGUCGUGAGCAGUGGGGGUGCUAGCAAGGCGAUUAUAGCAUGCAGCUACUUGUUCAUCGCCACGUUUGCUUGCACUUGGGGACCGAUGGGCUGGAUCUACCCGUCGGAGAUUGUUCCGCUGUACAUUCGCUCCAAGGCCGUAUCUUUGGCGACAUUAUUCAACUGGCUUUGCAACUUCUCCCUAACCUUUAUGACCCCACCGGCGUUCCAGAACAUCCAGUGGAGAUUCUACAUGAUCUUCGGCACGUUCUGCGUGGCGGCGUUUGUGCACGUCUUCUUCUUCUUCCAGGAGACCAAGGGCAGGAGCCUGGAAGAGAUGAAUGACAUUUUCGACAACAACACCUUUGCGUUUGGCAAGAUCAAGGGUCCGGAUCAAGACUUUGACGAGCGCGUUAGGCAGGUCGAGACGAAGCUCGGCAGCGGACAGCAGCAUGAGGUGCUCGAGGUGGACAUGAUCAAGAAGACGGGUCAGCUGGCUUAGAACAUGACAUGGAAGGAAUGUGUAAGGGAUCGAUGUGGC